AUGCCUUUACAUGAAAGAGGUUUCUUUAAAGUUCUUGUUCAAAGCUUUAAGCAUGAGUUGUUAUUAUUAACAUGCUUGCUUUGGUUACAGAAAAUUCCUAAAGUUUUUGUGAAAGAAUAUUGGAGAGGAGUAUCAAAUCCUAUAGUGUUAAAGCUACCAAACACUCUUAAACAAAGAGUAUAUUGGAUUCAAAAGAAUGAAGGUGAAAUUUGGUUGGAAGAAGGUUGGGAUCAAGUUGUGAAGGAUUUUGGCUUAGAAUAUUCUCAGUUUUUGACUUUUGAUUAUAAAGGAUGGUCUUGCUUUGAAGUCAAAAUAUAUCCUAUGAAGGAUUCUGAGAUAAUGCCUCCUCAUCAUCAAAUAUGUUUCUUUCAGAUUCUUGCUCACAACAAGUUUUACCAAAAGCUGAUGAUUCCUAAAUGUGCAAAUGAAUAUUGGAAAAGAAUGUCAAACCCUAUAAAAUUGGUAUUACCUUGUGGUAGUGUUGAGAGGAAAGUGAUGUGGACCAAAAGAGGAGAAAAUAUUUGGUUGGAACAAGGUUGGGAAAAGGUUGUGGAGUUGUGUGGUUUGAGUUAUGAGUGGUUGUUGACUUUUGACUACAAUGGAAGGUCUAGUUUUGAAGUCAAAGUAUAUGAUACCACUGGUUUAAGGGUAGCUUAUUAUAAUUUUGAUGAGUAUGAUGUUGAGAAUAAUAAAGAUGUUGAUGAAACUGAGAGCGAUGAUGAUGAUGAUGAUGAUGAUGAUGAUGAUGAUGAUGAUGAUGAUGAUGAUGAUGAUGAGGAUGAUGAUGAUUUUGCUGAUGAUUAUUGUGAUGAAGAAUAUCAUCAUUAUGAGUUUGUUCAAGAACACUUCAAGAGAAAGAAGAUCAACACAGUUAAUGGGAGCAAUAGGAAUCCCAGUUUCAAGAUUCGAAUUCAAGAAUCAUAUGUUGAGUCAAGAUGCGUGGCAAUACCAGCAACGUUUGCAAGGAAGCAUUUGGAGGAAGGACCGAUUCGUAUGAUUGUGGGUAACAGAGCUUGGACUGUGUGCUACAAAACUUGGAGAGGAAGGGCCAGAUAUCGCAAACACAAAUUGCAAAGUGGGUGGCUCAGAUUUAGAAGAGAGAACAAUUUAGAGGUUGGUGAUGUUUGUGUCUUUGAGUUAAUUAGCAAAUUUCCUCAGACAAUGAUCGUCAGAGUGCAGAGUGGAUGAUCUUUUUAUUUACGGAUUUACCCUUUUCUUGUUAUGUAUUUGGUGCUUGUGCGUGUGGUGGCUUUAGUGUGAUGGUUUAGUUUGUAAAUUGACAAUUUAAUCAAGUGGGUAAUUCUAGUUUUUUUCCUUAGUUAUUAAGA